AAGUGCUUCUGGAAUCUCAGCUGCCAAGUAAAACGCCGAUUGACUGUGUGAAGAAGGACCCGGACAGCAGAUAUGGAGUUUGUGGAAGUAUUUGACUCUCCAGGAAAAGGCCGAGGUCUGCGGGCCACUAAAGAACUCUGGGCCGGAGAUGUUCUGUUCUCUGAAGCGCCCUUUGCUUCGGUGGUGUUUGACGGUCAUGCGGCCUGCGUCUGUCACGGCUGUUUUCGGCGUCAGGAGAAGCUGCAGCGCUGCGGUCAGUGCAGGUUUGCGCAGUACUGUGACAGAACGUGUCAGCGGGCGGCCUGGGAGGAACACAAGCUCGAGUGUGCCGCCAUCAAGAACUACGGCAAAGCACCCAAUGAAAGCGUGCGUCUCGCCGCUCGUGUCAUGUGGCGGACAGAUAAAGAGGGCAGUGUAGUGUCAGACCUGCAGCUCAGCACCAUGGAUGAGCUGGAAGAUCACAUCUCUGACAUGCCCGAGGAGGACAUGAAGGACCUUAAAGUCGACAUCCACAAUUUCUUGGACUUCUGGCCUCGUUCCAGCAAACCGCACACAGUAGACAGCAUUUCACACAUCCUCGGAGUGAUCAACUGUAACGGAUUCAUGAUGAGUGAUCAGAGGGGGCUUCAGGCGGUGGGUGUGGGCUUAUUUCCAAACCUGUGUCUGAUCAAUCACGACUGCUGGCCCAACUGCACUGUUAUACUCAACAACGGCAAUCAGUCGGCUAUUGAUACAGCGUUUCACUCUCAGAAGAGAAUCGAGCUGCAUGCGCUGGGUAAGAUCAGUCCCGGAGAGGAGGUGAGCGUGUCUUACGUGGAUUAUCUGAACCUGUCAGAAGAUCGCAGACGUCUCCUGAAGCAGCAGUAUUUCUUCGACUGUACCUGUGAACACUGCACCAACAAAACCAAAGAUGAUCUGAAGAUGGCCGGAGCCGAGGUGGAGGGAGUGCCGGUACCAGAAGAGAACGUGAAAGAAAUAACGGAAAACAGCCGGAAGAUGCUGGAGAAGAUGGAACAGGCUCGGAUAGAAGCCAACUACAAUGAGGUGGUGAAGAUCUGUCGGGAGUGUGUGGAGAAGCAGGAGAAUGUUCUGGCGGACACACACAUCUAUCAGCUGAAGAUGUGGAGCACGCUCAGUGAGGUUCUCUCCUACCUGCAGUUCUUCGAGGAGGCGGCUUUCUACGCUCGCAAAAUGGUGGAGGGAUACUUAAAGUUGUACCAUCCGAACAACGCCCAGCUGGGAAUGGCCACCAUGAGAGCGGGAGUGACGCACUGGCAGGCGGGACACAUCGAGGUCGGUCAUGGAAUGAUCUGCAAGGCCUACGCCAUCCUGAUGAUCACACAAGGGCCCACCCAUCCAAUCACCAAAGACCUGGAGGCCAUGCGUAUGCAGACAGAGAUGGAGCUGCGCAUGUUUAAACAGAAAGAGUACGUGUAUCACCAGAUGCGUGAGGCGGCGCUGCAGAACCAGCCCAUGAGGAUGAUGGCCGAACCAUUCAACGAGAGCAUCAAAAGCCUGUUCCGCAGGAAGUGACAUCAUCAUCCCCCCUCCACACACUGUACACGCUCAGGUCAACGGUCAGAGGAUUUUUACAUGUGCCUCUCCACAUUUAGACAUUUAAGCCUGCACAAAUGUUGAUCAUUAAUCAAACAAGAACACGUUGAUUUCUUGUUUUGAAAUGUAAAGAUUUUUAUAAAUAAAGCUUUAUUGGGUUUGAAC